CUGUGGAAAAUUUCCCCGUAGAUUUUUUAUAUGGUUUUAUGUGAUAUUCGGAAAAGUUCGUUAGGUUUUCGUGAAAGUCUUCAGCUUCUCCGGUAACAUAAAGUGCAAUAUAUUUUCAUUUCAUUGUGAAUUGUGGAAUUUCAGCAAUGGCGUCUGCAGAAGUUUGUGCAGUUGGAAAAAUGUUGGAAAAUCAGCUGAGGACACUUAAAUUGGCUGGCCAUGUUGGUUUCGAUAGUUUGCCUGAUCAAUUGGUUAACAAGAGUGUCCAAAAUGGAUUUGCAUUCAACAUCAUGUGCAUCGGAGAGACGGGAUUGGGAAAGUCAACGCUCAUGGAUACUCUAUUCAAUACUAACUUUGAGUCAUCUCCGAGUCCUCAUUCCCUACCAAAUGUUAAACUAAAAUCAAACACCUACGAAUUACAGGAGAGUAAUGUAAAGUUGAAGCUCACCAUUUGCGAUACAGUUGGAUAUGGUGAUCAAAUAAACAAAGACGAUUCAUUUAAAGCCGUUGUGGACUAUAUUGAUGCUCAAUUUGAGGCUCAUCUUCAGGAGGAAUUGAAGAUUAAGAGAUCUUUACCAACUUACCAUGAUACACGCAUUCAUGCCUGUCUAUACUUCAUUUGUCCAACAGGACAUGGCUUGAAAUCAAUUGAUCUUGUUUGUAUGAAGAAAUUGGAUACAAAAGUAAAUAUCAUUCCCAUAAUUGCAAAAGCUGAUUCAGUGUCCAAGGCUGAGCUGCAGAAAUUCAAAGCAAAAAUCAUUGAUGAACUCCAUGCCAAUGGGGUACAUAUUUAUCAAUUUCCCACAGACGAUGAGUCGGUUUCCGAAGUGAAUACCGCCAUGAAUGCUCAUGUACCAUUUGCCGUUGUGGGAAGUACGGAUUUUAUUCGUAUUGGAAAUAAGCAAAUUCGUGCACGUCAGUACAUUUGGGGUUCGGUGCAAGUUGAGAAUGAGAGUCAUUGUGACUUUGUGAAGCUCCGGGAGAUGCUUAUUCGGACAAAUAUGGAGGAUAUGCGCGAGAAGACACAUACACGACACUACGAAUUGUACCGGCAGAAGCGCUUGGAACAGAUGGGCUUCACUGAUGUUGACAGCGACAAUAAGCCGGUAUCAUUCCAGCAAACAUUCGAGGCAAAACGUUCCAAUCACUUGGCUGAGCUACAGCAAAAGGAAGAUGAGAUGCGUCAAAUGUUUGUGGUGAGGGUGAAGGAGAAGGAGGCUGAACUUAAGGAAAAUGAAAAGGAGUUGCAUGCUAAAUUUGAUAAAUUGAAGAAGGAUAAUGCCGAAGAUAAGAGGAAACUUGAGGAAUCUCGUAAGAAGUUGGAAGAGGAAUUUGUUGAAUUCAGUCGACGUAAGGCACAGCUAACAGCUUCACAUCAUACUCUCACCUUGGGGAAGAGCAAAAAGAAAUAAUUCACCAAAUUCACCCACAAAAGCAAAGAUUAAAUGUCUACUUUUUAUAAAUUAUAUUAUUUUUCAAUUUAUAAAACAUGAUAAAUGUAUAAGUUCUUUUUUAACUGCAAAUUCUCUUUUAUUUUUUAAACGUACUUCAAGACUAGUUAAGAAUAUUUUAUUGGAUACAAAUGUAAGAUUGAAAAGCAACAAAUUUUUGCAUUUUAAUAUCAUAAUUUCGCUUUUUAUUCUGUAAACUUUAUGAAAUAUUCUCGAAUAAAUAUGAUACUUUUCGAAAUAAAA